AUGAACUCCCUGAAUUUCUGCUGGCAGUCUGAUGGAGGUGUGCACCCCCUCCGCGGUGUGAACUCGAUGCUUUUCGACCUCCACCACCAGAUGGCGGAGCAGUACCACGUUUACUCUGCAUCCAGUCCCACCGUGCACACCCUGUCUGUGGCUGAAAGGCUGGCAGAGCUCAUACUGGAGGCUCGCUAUGGCAACCAGCAGAAGCAGCGCCGCAGCCGCACAGCGUUCACCGUGUCCCAGCUGCAGGCUCUGGAGAAAGCCUUCCAACAGACGCAGUAUCCCGAUGUCAGCAUGAGAGAGAGACUGGCUGUCUGCAUCAACCUGCCUGAGGCUCGCAUUCAGGUGUGGUUCAAGAACAGGAGGGCAAAGUUUCGUAAAGGUCAGAGGUGUUCCCCGCUCUCCAGAGACCAGAGUCUGGAGGAGGCGACACAUCAGACCAUAGUGGGACAAGAAGACAAAAAAGACAUCUCCACAUCACAGACUGACAGCAACAUCCCUCCUCCUUGCUGCCCUCCUCCGGUGGAUAAAAGUAGGGAUCUUUGCCCCCCUCUCACCCCCUGUACAGACUCCGAUGUUUCCAGGUGCCCCCUUCGACUUCCCUCUCCUCCACUUUUCCCCUUCAUGACAUCGGCCGAGCGUUACAGCCACGCACCUCACCAGCCUGUUGUGGGAAUGCUGUCCACUGAGCUUGCCCUCCCCCCAAUGUUUUGGCCCUUCAUACAGCAGCACAGCUCUGCCCCGGGGGUUCCUCCAUCGUCCGUUACUAAAAACUGUAGCCUCUCCCUUCAGACUGCUUGUUCAAGUAAAGCUGUGCCUCACCCUCACCUGGGGUUGUAACUGUGAACUUAAUAGAUCUGAU